AAUGACAAGCUAUUCUAUUCUAGGAAACAGCUGAAAGAUCGAGGGGCCACCAAAGACACAAACCGCGCUGUGGAUGCCUACACGCAGCGGAGAUGUGGGCAGUUUCCACCAGAAGGGAAGACGGGAUUCCCUUUGUGAAUCGGCUUCCACACCUGUUGACAUUCUGACGGGACUAUCAGCUGAAGAACUGUUGGGUCCAGAUUUCUGAACUGCCAACCACGAGGAGCUUCGUGUUUCAGUGAUCAUCCUGUCGUUUGAUCAUUCGGAAGAAGAGCCUGGGGACUCCCUGUGGAGGAAUAUAUUUCUGAGACUUAUGCAACGAGACAAUGAAAAAUAGAAUUAGAAGUCUUUGAAACAGGCACCACCUCAUUGAAGCCCCACAAUCUGAAAAAAAAAAUCUGUGAAGUUUGAAAAAGCGGCCUUCUCAAGAUGUACCAAGUCUCUCAACUGAUGUCGACACCAGUAGCAAAUUCCUCCAGGUCAGACAGAGGCCGUUCUGGACAGCUGUCUCCCACGUGCAUUUUCCCAAGCUUUGGUUGUGAAUUCCUUGAUGGAGACGGUUCUUUCGAAUGCUGCUCCAUAGACCCCCUGACAGGAACUCACUGUGUCUGCCGCAGAAGCCCCCGACUCCUCACCAAUGGCUACUACAUUUGGACUGAGGACAGUUUCCUCUGUGACCCUGAUGGCCACGUCACUCUGAACCCAUCCCAUACCAGUGUUAUGUACAAGGAGAACUUAGUUAAAAUAUUUAGAAAGAAAAAGAGAACCCACCGUCCUCUGUCUUCUCUCUUGGACCUCAGAUCCUCUAAAUCUUGGCUGCAUGGAAGCCUCUUUGGAGAUGCUGACUCACCUCCAAGUGAGGAUAUCUGGCUGGAGGGCAUCAGGGGCCUGGGAAGUGAUCUGGACUGUUCUCUGAGUGAUGGUUGGAAUUCUCAGAAGCCAAUCACAGACACCCCAGAAGCCUCUUCUUCUGGCCAUAUCCCGUCUCACCAUCUCAGAGAAAGCCCCCAGAAUUCCUCUCUUCAGCCUCAAAUGAAAGCAUCAGGAUACUUCCAAAAGAACAUUUUGGUGCAUUCAAAAGCCGGUCUGAUGCACAAGGCCUCCUUUCAGGCAAUCCUGCUCACAGUGUGCUUAAUCAUUUCUGCAUGUGCAAGAUGGUUUAUGGGAGGAGAAUUAGCCAGCAUCUUUACCUGUGCAUUGGUGAUCACAACAGCUUAUGUUAUGAAAUCACUGUUUUUCACUCUUGCCAGCUAUUUCAAAGCCACCGCCUGUGCUAAGUUUGACAGCCCUUGAGGAAUACUGGUGAAGAAUGUCUUCAGUGUUAAUGUCAGGAAACAGUAAUUUGUAGUCUACUUGGAAUGAACAAACCACUUUAUUGGAACAUUGUUGGUUGAAAUGGAAAAGUGACAGAGCACAGAACAUCUGGAGUAAUGCCCCCUGUCAUCUCUAAGGUGGUGGGCCUCUAACAUUAAUUUUAAUUAGAGAAUUCUGUGAGUGGCUUGGGACAUGCAUAUCUCGGGUCCGCCAGAACACAGCUAUGCUUUGCUGACCUAUUUUAACUAAACAACGCAAACAGGCUUAUAUAGUUAAUCUGUGUUGCACUGGAAGUAGGCAACGUUUGUGCAUACGAUAUAAUGCUGCAUAAAUUCAUCCCCAUGUGAUGUGACGCCAUCCACCUCGAAAUGGCCAUGCUGGCGCCGCGCCUUUGAACCUCCAGAACUUUGAGGCAGGGGAACCUUUUUUCAUUACUAAGUAUUCUGCCUUUGGUAUGUCAUUAUAGUAAUGGGAAACGAACUAAGACAGUAGCUAACUAUUGAUGAAAAAUGAGCAGGAG